AUGGUGGCGUGGAUCGGCGCGCGAGUCCUGGCGGGGGAGUACGGCGGGCUCGCGUCCGCGGCGCUCACGGUGCUGAUAACGUUCGUGGGCGUCGUGAGCAGCGACAUGAUCACGUUCUGGCUCGGCGCGAUGCUGCGGAAGGGCGCGGCGGCGCCGUGGGCGGCCAAGUGGCUGCCGGCCGCGGACGCGACGGGCGACAAGUCGCAGAUGCAGAAGGCCGCGGGGCUCGUGCGGCGCUGGGGGCGCGCGAUCGGCGCGGUGCAGCGCUUCUCCGUGGGCUUCCGCGGGCCCAUCUGCCUCGCCGCGGGGCUCGCGGGGGUGUCGGGCACGACGUUCUGCGCGGGCGUGUGUCUCGGCGCGCUGGGCACGAUGGCCGCGCAGUUCGCGCUCGGCGGCGUCCUCGCGACGCGCGUGGACUCGGUGUACGUCGCGGUGCUCGCGCUCGUGGCCGGGCCGAACGCCGUUGGGCACCUGCUGGCCCCCGCAGCGGCAGCGGCAGGGGCGGUGUGGGCGGCGGCGACGCGGUGGACGCGCCGCGGCGGCGGCGGCGGCGGCAGCGCAGGGCAGACGCCUGCCGUGCCGAGCGCGUAG